AAUAAAAAAAAAAGAACGAUCCUCCUCCAGAUGAUGACCCAGGCCCAGGGCCAGCACCGGGACCUGAUCCAGAGUAUCGAGGGUCUGCCGGCCGCCCCCGGUCUCUCCCCUCUGGACCAGGAUCUGCUGAUGCUCAAGGCCACGUCGAUGGCGACCAUGAACUGCCUGAACGAGUGCCUGCACAUCCUGCACCUGCAGCAGGUGGCCAGGCAGAGAGGCUCCCUGGGAGGACCCACCAUCGAGUGGCUGGAGCCCAAGCUGCCCGACAUCCUGAAGAACGGCAGCAGCUCCCUGGGCAGCUUCACCACAGGGGAGGGUCAGCUGGAGGGGAGCCACCUGGAGCUCAGCAGCCCAGACUCCUGCAGCUUCUCUGGGGAACAGGAAGACAUAGACGCGGAGGAUGAGCUGGAGGACGCCUUCACAGACAAGGAGGAGGACCUGGGCGCCGUGGAGGAGGAGCGCAGCGUCAUCCUACACCUGCUGUCCCAGCUGAAGCUCGGCAUGGACCUCACACGGGUGGUCCUCCCCACCUUCAUCCUGGAGAAGCGCUCCCUGCUGGAGAUGUACGCCGACUUCAUGUCUCACCCCGACCUCUUUAUGGCCAUCACCGACGGCAGCAGCCCGGAGGACCGCAUGGUCCGGUUUGUGGAGUACUACCUCACCUCCUUCCACGAAGGCCGCAAGGGCGCCAUCGCCAAGAAGCCCUACAACCCCAUCAUCGGCGAGACCUUCCACUGCUCCUGGAAGGUUCCCAAGAAACCAGAGGCCGCCAAGGAGCCUUCACAGGGAGGCGCCGAGCCGCCCGCCCCCCAAGACCCUUACCAAGUGCGCUUUGUGGCGGAGCAGGUGUCCCAUCAUCCCCCUGUGUCCGGCUUUUACGCUGAAUGUCAGGAGAGGCGGAUGUGUGUGAACACGCACGUGUGGACCAAGAGCAAGUUCAUGGGAAUGUCCAUCGGAGUGUCCAUGAUAGGUGAAGGUUGUCUGCAUUUGCUGGAGCACGACGAGGAGUACACCUUCACGCUGCCCUGUGCUUACGCUCGCUCCAUCCUCACCGUUCCCUGGGUGGAACUUGGCGGCAAAGUCAACAUCAACUGCGUCAAGUCGGGUUAUUCAGCCGUCAUCACUUUCCAGACCAAACCCUUUUAUGGCGGUAAACUGCACAAAGUCACAGGGGAGGUGAAGCACAACACCACCAACGCGGUGGUGUGUCGCGUGCAGGGCGAGUGGAACGGCAUGUUGGAGUUCAGCUACACCAGCGGAGAGACGAGGGUGGUGGACGUCACCAAGCUGCCGGUAACGAGGAAGCUGGUUCGGCCGGUUGAGAAGCAGGGACCGACCGAAUCCAGGCGUCUGUGGCAGCACGUGACUGAGGCCCUGCGGCAGAAGGACAUCGACAAAGCCACGGAGCACAAGAGGAUUCUGGAGGAGCGGCAGCGGACGGAGGAGAGGCACCGCGCUGAGACUGAAACUGCCUGGAGGACCAGAUACUUUGACAGAGAGGGCGAAGGCUGGAUUUAUCACAAACCACUUUGGAAAAACUCUGCGUUCAAAUCCUAGUUUCUUCAGGAUGAGUCUCGGAUGCUGAUGUUGUAGAUUCAGGAAUGUGAGUGUGUGUGUGUGUGUUGGACGGUGAUGAAAGGAGAGCAUGACCUGCACUGGCGUACAGACGAAUGCAACACGGGGAGGCGGACGGAGAGACGGCGUCACUGGAGGUGUUCUCCGCUCUCUCGCCAUGUUCAAGAUGAAACCUCAACGUUUUGAUCAGUUUUCUUGUUUGUUUUUUUUAACGCUCCAAUGUCGGUGAAAACAUUGUCACGCUGGUCGGGGGACUCUUCUUACUUACGCAGCCUUAAGAUCGUCUGAUGAAUGAUACUCGUUCGUUUCUGCUGAUCGACCUGGAUCCGGUUCUUUUCUUUUCCUCGGCGGUGAAGUGACUUUCUGGGAGUUUCUUCCUGAAAAUACGAUGCGAGAUCAGAGAUCAAUCAAACUGACGGAAACUGAGAGAAAAUAAAAACCACUAACGUUCAUGCACCUGCCAACGAUAUCCUGAUCUCAAAGCACCGCUCAUCCCCUCGCCGCUCCCCGUCUCCAGCCUUUAUGCUAAGCUAAGCUAAGCGGCUACUUAAAUCAGCAACAAUCAUAAGCAGUUUAUAAACAAAUGGUUUGUAACACGACAUAAUGUCGUCGUUCGCAGGUUCAGUUCUUUUUUAGAAGAUGAGUUUUGUUUAGAGGCCGGUGUGUUAACGUAUAAUGAGCGUUUUAACAAUGUAAAAUAUUCCUUCAUCGUUAUUAACUGCUGUUCAAUGCCACUCGUUGAUAAACACAAAAUAUCCUUAACAUCAGCACGAUAGCUGUUAUAAACCACAAACUGUUAAUGUACUGCUUAUACAGGGGGGUUACACUGCCCCCUCACGAUUUCCGGUGGUACUGCUCCGUUGCUGUUUUGAUGCUGUGUGGAAUGGAGUCGCGCUGCGGCAGCGUCACGUGUGAAUCUUGUCGUAGACGAGCCGACAAAUAACAAAUCAGAAAGAGAUGAAGUCUCGUGUGAAGCUGAAGAUUAUUCUCGUCUUUCUCCCUCGUUUUAGUUUUGAUCUCUGUUCAAACUGAAGUUAAUGUUUGUUGUAAAAGCUUUUAACCAAAUUUACUUGUUUUGUGAUGCAAAUAAAUAUUUUCUUUGAAUGCGUGUUCAUCCCCCAUCUUUCGCUUUUAUUGCUCUUAUUUUUAGAGCCACUUUUUUUUUAAUCCAGAUGUUCUAACUCUCUUUUUCCAAAUCUAAAUUUUCACACUUUGAAAAUCCCCCCCGUUUAAAGUUUAAAGAAAAGUUCCUGAUUCUCCGCAGAAGGAGGAAGUCCGCUCUGCCACUGAGACGCUGCUCCCUAAGUUUCUGUGCCUUAUGCAAAAACUCUUUCUGUGUGUGUCUUCCAGCAAAGGAGCACAGUGUCCUCAUCACCUCUUUACCUGACAGAUGCAAAUGGCCGAUGUAUAAUUUGUGUGUGUGCGUGUGUUGGUUUUAUUUCUUUUUAAGAUUCAGUGCUCGGUGUUAGAAGGCGACUCAGCACUUUGACAUUUCUUGGUUUUGAAAUCUACUGGUUGUCUCGUUGGCCUAAGAGAUGCACUGACACUGAAGGAAACCCGAUGUUGUAGAAAAAUGGACAUGUGUGAUUAAAGGUAAAUAAAUUGCGUAUCAGUUGUACACAA